AUGAUUGCCUACAAAGGAAGAAUUGGUUUCAAGCAGUAUAUGCCCUGGCAGCCAAUAAAGUAUGGGAUGAAAGUUUGGCUUUGCGCGAAUCCACAAAAUAGCUAUGUUCUAAACCACGAAGUUUACCUCGGUAAAGAACGAGAAGGCCAAUACAUGUAUGCGGUUGAGAAGCCGGCCGUCGUUUGCCUGUACAAUGCCUAUAUGAUCGGCGUCGAUCUGUCAGACCAGCUUCGAACAUAUAAUCCACUUGGGAGAAAAGGCCAUCGAUGGUGCAAGCAUAUAUUUUGGUUUCUUUCGAUGUUUUGGUUGGAAACGCAGUGGUUUUGUCAGGGCCACGAAUUCCAGCCUCAAGAAACGAGUCAGCGAAGGAGCGGUCUGAAAUUUCGCCAAUCUCUUGCGAUGCAGAUGAUUGGAGGCUAUUAUAGAAGAAAAAGCGGUACGAAAAAGAACAUUGCCUACAACAGAUGUGACACAGAAACCAUAAGGGAAGAGGCAAAAUAUGGCCACUUUAUUUGUAAAAUUGACGGCAGAAGAAAAGAGUGCAUUCAAUGCAAAUAUGCAAAUGCCUCGACAGGAAAACACCGAAGAAAAGGCCGAGGGAGACAUCAUGGAAAUGCAGCCACUUAGACAUCCCUCUCUGCAAAGACAAUUGCUUUUUGGAGUACCAUUCCAAGCAAGCACUUUUUAUUAACCAGAACAUUUACCUACUAACAGUGUGUUAUUAAUUGUCAUUUGUUUGUUAUAAAGUUUGUUUAUUUGGGAUUUAUAAUGAAAAACCUUGACCUGUUAUUUGUUUUCGC